UAACUUUGACAUAGUUUUGUGUUUAUAUUUCUCACGUUUUGAAGAAAUUCACAAAAUGUCUGGACUCCCUGAUACAAUACAUUUCAAUCAAACUUAUCUUAACUAUCAUUACGAGUGGAAUGGAUUUCCUACGAUUCUAGCAAUUCUUCCAUGGUUUUAUAUGAUUCCAACAAUUUAUGUAACUCUAAAAAUAUUUUUGGUCUACCUGACAAACGAUUGGGAUACUGUUGAACCGGGGAAAAAUCAAUAUGUGUUUCUAGUAAUUAGUUUGACACAGAUUUCAUGCUUUUCGUACUUUUUAUUCAAUUAUUUAAUUGUAAGAUUGCCAGCUACCGGAUGGUUUACCUCGUAUUGUGCUUCAAUUGAACCAAACAAAUGGCUUUUGACAAUUUCAUUUUUCACCUCUUAUACAAACUAUACAGCAAUGAUAUAUCCGUUUUUCAUGCCAAUUGUUAGGUUGAUCAUAAUCACACAUCCAAAAAAUCACAAUAAGAUAAAUUCAAUAGUAAUGAGAAUUGCUGUUCCAGUUGCUCUAAUCUAUCCAAUUUGCUUCACAUUUUUUCUGAUUCCUGCAAUAGGAGUAUGUAAGCAAUUAGAGUUCCCAUAUCAAUUCGGAUCAAUUUGGGUUUACUACGUCGGUCCUGCGUUUGGACUCCGUAACACUCCGUUCUUCCUGGCCAACGCGUCAUUUUGGCUAGCAUGCUCUGUUCUAGCCAAUUUAAUUUUAUUCCUGAAACUAACACGUGCCAGAGAACAGCUGAUAACUCAACAAGUUAGCAGCAUAUCAUACAGAGCACAAGUAUCAAUAACGUAUACUACAAUUGCAAUGAUUGUCUUCUAUGUCACAAAUGGAUUAACUCUGCUUUCCUAUUAUCAAUUCUACGGAACCAAUUCUGUCAUGUCAUACACUUUGUUAGCUCGACCGUUUGGAAAUGAUUCUCAAGCAUGCUUAGUGUCAUGGAUUUUUUAUAAAACCCAUCCUGUUUUCAAAAAGUCACCGACCGACACUGGAGGAGCAUUUGAAAGAAGAGUUCAUGCAGUCUAACACCUUGUUUCAUCCUGAAAUUUAAAUUGCUUUAUAUUAACUUAACCAGCACCAAAUAUACAAUUGUAAUGCAAACUAAUUAAACAUAAAUCGGUGUUUUCCUCAAUUUUUCAACUGCGGGGAAUAACAUGCGGAGCAAUUUUGAAUAUUAAAAUAAAUUCUCAUUUUGAAACUA